AUGCUCUUCAGAACAAAUCUCAAAGGUUCUGCCUUGCUGAAUACUCCUCGUCUCAACAAGGGUGCCGGUUUCACUCGUGAAGAACGUCAAAUUUUCGGCCUUGAAGGGUUCUUGCCCUACGAUGUGCACUCUCUCGAAAAGCAGGCUCUGAGAGCGUACAACCAGCUGUGCAAGCAACCCUCCGUUAUCCUCAAGCACGCCUUCCUCGCUUCCCUGCGUGACCAAAAUCAAGUCUUGUUCUACAAGCUCAUGCAAGAUCGACUCAAGGAGCUUCUCGGUGUCCUUUAUACUCCCGGUGCUGCCGAGGCCGUUGCCGGUUACUCUUCCCUUUUCAGAAGACCUGUCGGUUGUUACAUUCUCCAAGGCCAUCUCUCCGAUAUCAACCGUACCGCCGACGUUGCCUACGACUCCCAAAACCCCAACGACGCCAUCGACCUUGUCGUCGUGACCGACUCUGAGGCCAUUCUCGGUAUCGGAGACCAAGGUGUCGGCGGUAUCACCAUCUCCACCUCCAAAGCCGCGCUCUACACCCUUGGUGCUGGUAUCAACCCCAACCGUAUCCUCCCCGUCGUGCUCGACUGCGGUACCGACAACCACGCGCUCUUUUCGGAUUCGCUCUACAUGGGUUGGAAGAGGACCAGGAUUAGGGGAAAGAACUAUGACAAGUACAUUGACAGGUUCAUUGCCAACUGCCGAGAGCUGUUCCCCAACGCCAUCAUCCACUUUGAGGACUUUGGUAUGGCGAACGCGUACAGGUUGAUGGAAAAGUACAAGGAUAUUCCUAUGUUUAACGAUGACAUCCAGGGUACUGGUGCUGUCGCUCUUGCGGCUUUGCUUUCCGCUAUCAAGGUCAGCGGUUCUAGCCUCGCCGACCAACGUAUUGUCAUCUACGGUGCCGGCUCCGCCGGUAUGGGUAUCGCCGACCAGAUCAAGGACGGUCUUCAAAUCCUCAACGGUCUCUCCCCCUCUGAAGCCGCCAAGCGAUUCUGGUGUGUCGACCGACACGGUCUCCUCGUCCAAUCUCAAGGCAACGCACUCCGACACUCCCAGCUCCCCUACGCCAGGCCCGAUGCCGAGGUGCAAAAUUGGUCCAAGGAGGAUGAGGAGAGGGAAGGUUACUGGUUGAUGGAUGUGAUCAAGAAUGUCAAGCCGACGGUGCUCAUUGGCACGUCGACGCAUUCUAGGGCGUUCAACGAGGAGUUGAUCAGGGAGAUGGGCAAGCACGUCGAGAGGCCUAUAAUCUUCCCCAUGUCCAACCCCACUGCUUUGUGUGAGGUCGACCCCACCGAUGCCCUUGCCUGGACCGAAGGCCGCGCCCUCGUCGCCACCGGUUCACCCUUCCCCCCUGUUCCUCUCGCCGACGGCAAAGAGUACGUUGUCGCCCAAACCAACAACGCCCUCAUCUACCCCGCCCUCGGUCUCGGUGCCAUCCUCUCUCGCUCCAAGACCAUCUCCAACUCCAUGCUCAUGGCCGGUGUCAACUCGCUCGCCUCGCUCUCGCCCGCGCUCUCAAAUCCCGAGGCGUCGCUCUUGCCGGAUUUGGCUGAUGUGCGAAAGGUGUCGGUGGACGUUGCGGCCGCGGUGGUCAGGCAGGCUGUGGAGGAUGGCAAUGCGUACGACGAAGUCACCAUCAAGUAUGCCACAGGGAAGGGUGAAUCGUCGCUUGAGGAUUACAUCAGGAGCAGGAUGUGGGACGCUGUCUACCGACCGCUCGAGUUGGUUGAUUAG